AUGAGUACAGACGAGGACACAAAAUGGCUGGAAUGGGUAACCAAACAGUUUGAAAGCAUUGCUGGAGAAGACAAGGAAAUCGACUUACAGGAAUUCAAGACAGCCCUUAAAGUCAAAGACUCCUUUUUUGCAGAGCGUUUCUUCACUUUGUUCGACUCAGAUGGUAGUGGCUCCAUCACACUGGAUGAAUUAUUGAAGGCUCUCAACCUCCUGAUCCAUGGAAGUGAAACAGACAAACUUCACUUUCUUUUCCAAGUAUACGAUGUGGAUGGCAGUGGUUCCAUUGAGCCAGAUGAGCUCUGCACUGUGCUGAAGUCUUGCCUACUGGAGAGUGCUAUCUCGCUGCCUGAGGAAAAGUUAAAUGAUUUGACUCUGGUACUUUUCCAGUCUGCUGAUAAAGACAAUAGCGGUUCCAUUACAUUCCAGGAACUAAAGGAAGAACUGGAGCAUUUCCCAGAAGUCAUGGAGAACCUGACGAUUAGUGCUGCAAACUGGCUGAAGCCACCAACAGUAAAAAAGAAGAGUCGCACCCCUCGUUACCUGACUCCAAGCUACUGGCACAACAACCGCAGCAAGGUUCUCUUCAUGUGCGUCUACUGCUGUGUCAACGUUCUACUUUUUACCCUCGCUGCUGUCAACCAUGCCAGUCUUGGAGGAUGGAUCAUGCUCGCCAAGGGUUGUGGUCAGUGUCUGAACUUCAACUGCACCUUUAUUGUGGUUUUGAUGCUCCGCCGCUGUCUGACGCGGCUCCGUACUACAUUUGUUGCACAUUUCCUUCCACUAGACCAGAAUAUCUUCCUGCAUGAGCUGGUUGGAUAUGUGGUGUUCGUUUUUACAGUGGUCCACACAGCUGCCCAUGUGAUCAAUUUCAUAAAGAAAUCCAUAUAUCCGGGAUCAUUUACUUUCUGGGAGUAUUUCCUCACCCUGCGGCCUGGCAUUGGAUGGGUAUAUGGGAGCGCCUCCAUCACAGGAAUCUUGCUGCAGCUGCUCAUCUGCCUGACUCUUGUCUGCUCCAGCACCUUCGUCAGGAAAGGAGGGCACUUUGAGGUAUUUUACUGGACGCAUCUGUCCUAUAUCUGGAUCUGGAUUCUGUUAUUCCUUCACACCCCAAAAUUCUGGAAGUGGUUUUUGGUGCCAGGACUCCUGUUCGCGCUGGAGAAACUGUUAGGAGUGGCUGCAUCACGUAUUGGUGGAUUGUAUAUCGUAGAGGUGAACUUGCUACCUUCCAAGGUGACACAUCUUGUUAUUAAGAGACCACCAUCAUUCCAGUACAAGCCUGGUGACUAUGUAUACCUGAACAUACCCGCCAUUGCCAAGUAUGAAUGGCACCCAUUUACUAUCAGCAGUGCCCCUGAGCAGGCAGACACUCUCUGGCUACACAUCCGCUCUCUAGGCCAAUGGACAAACCGCUUGUAUGAAUAUUUCCAUCUUCCAGAGGCUGCCAGGAAACCUGAAAAAAAGACGAGCCGAAGUGUGACAAUGAAACUGUCACAGGUCGACUCAAUAGAUCGGGAAGUGACUAAUGAAAAUCACAUGUUGUGUAAUAUAAAGUGUUAUAUUGAUGGACCAUAUGGAACUCCCAGUCGACGCAUCUUUACCUCAGAUCACACUGUGCUAAUUGGAGCCGGAAUAGGCAUCACACCAUUCGCAUCGAUUCUACAAAGUAUCAUGUACAGGUAUCGUAUGCGAAAACAGAAUUGCCCCAACUGCAGCUACUCCUGGUGUGAGACUCUAAAACACAGUGAGAUGAGGCUCAGAAAGGUGGACUUUAUCUGGAUAAACCGAGACCAGAAGUUUUUUGAGUGGUUUGUCAGUUUAUUAACUAAGCUUGAGAUGGACCAAGCUGAUGAGGAGCCAGAAGGUCGGUUUCUAGAAAUGCACAUGUACAUGACCUCCGCUCUCGGCAAGAAUGACAUGAAGGCCAUUGGACUACAGAUGGCUCUGGACCUUCUGGCCAAAAAGGAACAAAAAGACUCUAUUACAGGACUGAAGACCCGGACACAGCCAGGACGUCCAGACUGGAACAAGGUGUUCCAGAAAAUUGCGCAGGAGAAGAAAGGAAAGGUGCAAGUGUUCUUCUGCGGCUCUCCAGCACUAGCUAAAGUCAUCAAGGCUCAAUGUGAACAGUUCAACUUCAAAUUUUUCAAGGAAAAUUUCUAA